AUGGCCAACAAUAAAAACUCUGAAUCCCGCCUGGGAAUCGAGACAGAUACAGUUCAGAGUCACCAACACGCGAUCGAAAUGACAGACCCCAAGGGGCAACAAGAUAUCUCUCAUGUCGAGCGGGUGUUGUCACCGGAGGAUGACCUGAGAAAAGAUGAUAUGGAUUUCUCUCGUGUCGAUAAAGAAAUCCAGAUGUACGCAUCCCAUGGUCGGGUGGAAGUCGAUGAAGCGACCAACAAGCGACUGAAGAAGAUGAUCGACAAACGUGUGCUUGUGGUCAUGAUGUGCACAUACUUUCUACAGGCCUUGGAUAAAGGAACCAUGUCAUUCGCCUCUAUCAUGGGUAUCAAGGUUGACGCCGGCUUGGAAGAUGGACAAAAAUACUCCUGGCUGACCACAUGUAUUUACAUUGCUGUUUUGACUGUGGAGUGGCCGACCAACUGGAUUAUCCAGAGAGUUCCGAUCGCAAAGUACCUCGGCAUCAAUAUUUGUCUUUGGGGAACGGUCCUCGCGAUGCACGCUGCAUGCCACAACUUCGAGGGCCUUGUGACUGUUCGUACUUUACUGGGUAUCUUUGAAGCCUGUUGCCAGCCUAUAUUUGUCUUGCUCUCAUCGAUCUGGUACAAGAGAGAAGAACAGGCCGCCACGGUGACCUACUGGUACAUGAUGAACGGGGCUCAGCAGAUUGUCGGUGGUCUGUUGGCCUACUGCUUCACUCUGAUCGGAGGUGACAGAGCACUCAAGUCUUGGCAGGCAUUGUUUCUCUCCUACGGAUGUCUUUCAGUCCUCUGGGGACUUUUCGUCAUUUGGUGGAUGCCCGACUCCCCAAUGCGUGCCAAGUGCUUCAGCGAAGAGGAUAAGCAUUUGAUGAUCGAGCGACUGCGAACAAAUCAGACGGGUAUCCAAAACAAGCAAUUUAGAUCUUAUCAGGUGUGGGAGGCCCUCAGUGAUCCUCAAACCUGGUGCUACUGCAGCAUCCAGAUAUUCACGACCCUGCCUACCAGUGGUCUUGGCUCUUUCGCGGGAAUUAUCAUGAAGUCUUUCGGCUUCAGCACUCUACAAAGCCAGCUUCUAGCUAUGGUAUUAGGCUCAUACAUCAUUAUCAUCCUGCUAACUUCGGCAUGGCUGGUAAAGAGAUAUAACCAGAAUCUCUUGGUGAUGCUCGGAUUCGUGAUUCCUUCAUAUAUCGGCACCAUUGUCUUAAUGACGGUCGAAGUUGGCUCAUUAGCAAAUAAAGUAGGCUUGCUGAUCAGUUACUACAUCACACUAUCCUUCUGGUCCGCCCAAACGCUGUCUCUCUCAAUGGUCUCCCGUAAUAUCGCCGGACAGACCAAGAAGGCAACCGUUGUGGCCGCGACGUUCAUCUCCUGGGCUGCUGGCAACGCUAUUGGGCCCCAAGUGUUCCUGGACUGGGAUGCGCCCCGGUAUCAUAUCGCGUGGAGUGUGCAUCUUGCAUGCUACGCAUGCAUGACUGUGGCUGUGAUCUUCCUGCGCUUCUAUCUGAUCCGAGAGAACAAGAAGAAGGAUGAGAUGCUAGCUGCGGCAGGUGUUGAUGCGGCUGAUCCGAAUCUCAUCCAUGCUUUUGAAGACAAGACUGAUCAGGAGAACUUGAACUUCCGGUACAUCUAUUGA